AUGGUCGUGCUCCCCCGUCAGGUCUUUCAGAGUCAAGAGAUUGGCAUUGCUGGCCUCCAGCUUGGCGACCAUUUCAUCAAUCUCAGGCUCAUCUACAAGUGUGUCUUCGGGCGACCAGGCCAAAAUAUUGUGCGAAGGCAGAUUGCGCCCACUGAUGUGGCCAUCUGGGCAGCAGGCGGGCGAGGCGAUCCGCCACCUGGACCUGUCACUGCCAAAUGCAGACGUGAUGAACCCAGCAUAGUUCCCGCCGUGACGCUGGUCAAUGCCGUCGAGAUCCUGGUACGCGAGGGUAGCACCGGCGGAGUGGCCGACGAGGAUGUACCUGCCGCUGGCGAGGUCGUACUCCUGCACGAGGAACUGGAGCGCGGACCAAACGUCGUUGAUGUGGUCCGGGUGUUUGGCGGCACGCAGCUCCGACGCGGGGGUUUCAGGUCCCUGGGGGUGUUUGGGAUGUGGUGA